UCUUUCAUUACACAGCUUUCCUUCUGUUGUCAUAUAACAAGAGUAUAUAGACUCUUGUCCACCUCAGACAAGUCCCUCAAACCAGUAAAUAAUCCAGGGUCGAUCCAGAAGUAAUUAUCCGCAUGUAUGAGGAGACAAUGAGUCUCUGCUGUCCUUCCUGGUGCUAUUGGUCCUCCCAAUCGCCUGCUGAUAAGAUAAGGAGCACAGUUGGUACAGGCUCUGACUUCCUGGUCUGCGUGUGCGUGUGGCAGUCAAGACACAGGACGUGGCGCUGUGGCUGCACUCCAUGUUUCCUCCUGGGGUUUGGUACCUCCUAUCUUGUCUUUCUGAGUGACUGGAGGGGAAGGAAGGCAGCUCCAGUUCCUGGGCUACUGGAAGGACUUCUGAGCUCCAGCUUGCAUUUUCCCUGCUCAGUGUGGUGCUACAAGAAAAACUUCUGCCUAGCAUGGCUGAUAGGGAUAUAUGUUUCUUUAUUGAAUGUGUAGAGGUGCUCUGCUCUGUUUGGAAAUUAGAGGGACAAUAAAACAGAGAGGAAGAGUCCACAGUGACAUUGUGGUAGCACCUAGCAGAGAAUCGGGAAAUAAAAGGAAGGCCUUAAAUCAUGAACUUUCUAAACUUUUCAGUGAGAUGUGGGAUAUGGAUGUUAAUCGCUUUACACCUGGUAAAGAUUAUGCAAUUGAACUGCAGGGAAAAGCAGGUGCUGUACAGAAAGGUGACAGUGCUGUCCGGGACAGUGCAGCCAGACAUCUGUUUCAUUACGUAAAUGAAGAACGCCUGAAGAACACAAAAACUUUUGCAACCUUUAUUUCCUUAUUGGGCAAUUAUGAGACAUCAACUGGAGUAGAAGAAGUAGUGACUCCAGAAGAAAUAGCUGAAAACAAUUGCUUUCUUGAUGCUAUCUUAAUGACUGGAGUAAUGAAACUAGCUCAUGAGUAUCUGCUUAAAAAAAAACUAGCAAAGCCAAACCUUGUUGAUUUCAAGUAUCAGCUCUAUGACAUCUGGUUCCAGCUCUAUCCCAGGAAAGAAGGAGACAGACCUGAUUCUUGUGGUUUUGAACAUGUUUUUGUUGGAGAAACAAGGCUUGGUAAACAGAUCUUAGGUUUGCACAACUGGGUGCAAUUUUAUCUUCAGGAAAAGCAUAAACAAAUUGACUACAAGGGAUACAUCACUCAGAAGAAUAAAACCAGGCCUUAUAGAGAUGACCAAGUUUUGAGCAUCCAGUUCAGCUGGAAGGGCUCAGUCAAACCAAUAGGAAGCACCUUUAUUGGUGUCAGCCCUGAGUUUGAAUUUGCCCUUUACACCGUCAUUUUUCUGCUGUCUGAAGAAAGAGUCACACGUGAAACAGUGAAGAUAGAAGAAUAUGAGCUACAGAUUGUUGUUUGUCGCCAUGGGCGCCACAUUGGAACAGCAUAUCCAGUACUCCUCAACACCAAUAAUGAAGACUAGUAGGCACAGUGAUCAGGCAACAUUUCUUCCUUUCUUUUUUGGUGGAGAGGAGGGAGAUAAUUGAUGUGUUGUUUUGUACAGUUCAUUUCUAGUAUAAAUUUAUGAGUUUUCCCUUUUGAUUUGCAGUGAAGUGUUGAAUCAGUAACGUGCCACGUUGAAGUAUCUGACCCACCCUGAAAUAUGCUUGUUUCCAUAUUAAAGUCUGUAUGAAACUUGUAUCAGCCCUCCUGAAUGCAUUUUCCUUUUCACCAGAGAAUAGAAUUUGGAAAAGAUCACAAUUAUUUAUCUUAUUUGUUAGCCACUGCAUAUUUGAAAGAGCAGUAACCACACGUCUCUUAUAUUUUUCCUUCUAGACAGGACCUUUGGUUUGGAACAAUCUGAACCACGGCAUUUUGGUUUUUUUUUUCUCAUCUCCUCAUUUCAUCACCUCAUUUCUAAUCAAUUAGAGGCUAAUUUCAAAUGGAAUUUUACAACUGCAGUGCCUGGGAUAUGCAGUAAACACGUUCAACUGUGAGAAUGAUCAUCAGAUCAAUGGCAAGUCUGUCACUGCAUCCAGGUUUUGGCCUGCUUCCAGAUGCCACAGUAGGCUUUAUCUCACCUAACUUUAAAAGUCCCUGAUAUAGGCACCUGUUUUGCAUUACAGUCAGUGAUGUCUGCAGUCACUUAUCUGCUUGUGUAAUGUAUGUUAGGGUUAGAUUAAUCGUCCUGUAUAAUCCACUGACAAUAAUAAGAUACCCUGGGGGCACUGGUCCUAUUCCUGGACAUGAUCACUCGUCCUGCUGAUGCAGAUGAUUUCUUCCAAAAUGCAUUCAAUAGUCCAAGGAAAGGAAUAUGAUAGAUUUCCUUAUCAUGCCAGUGCAGACACAAGCAGAUGUUGACACACUCUGGGAGAGAUCAGGAUUGCUUAAAUAUUCACAUCCUACAAUUACUUUUUCAAAAAAGUGAGGAAACUCCUGAUGCAUAUUUUCUCACAUGUUUUGCAAAUUUCUGCACGUAAUUUUCAUGAGUUUGAGUGCUAAAGUUAUAAGUCUAGCUAACCAAACCAAUGCUGGGAAUAUGCAAAUUAAGAAAAGAAACUUUCAGAGAUACCUUAUUAUGCAAGGUGGAGGCUGACAUAUCAGUGAUAGCAAGUUACUCUUAUUCCAAGCACAAACAAAUUGUUAAACAUGGCAGAAAGUGAGUAGACAUAGAGUUGCUACCAUGGAAUAUUUUCUGAUGCCUCUGUCCAGAGACUUCCACGUGAUGCUGCCAGACCACUGCGUGCUCAUUUCUGCUCUUGGUGCCUCACAUUGCUACUGGAGUGCCCUGCAGUAAAUGUGCUUUAUGGUAUUUUCUUUGAUAGAGAAGCCACAAACACCAAAAAAAGCAAACAAACAAAAACAGAUGACUUUACAAUUGGAUGAUAAGAUUAUCCUACAAGAGAUAUGUAUAAAGACAGCUUACACGGAGCCAAAUAGCCACCUCCAGUUUCUGCAAUCUUCUAUUUUUUGAGGUGUAACAGUAUUCAGAAGCCUCUGAAACUUGUAAAUCCAUCCUACUAGGAAAGAGUGUACACUGUUGGGAAAUUGCUACAGAGCAUCAUCAGGUCUCAACAAUAGCUCAAGUAGUAGUAAUAAAAGGCAACAAAUAAAUUGUACAAAUUCUUUAAGGUAAUGUCAAAGAAUGAUUGUUACAUUCUCAGUUUAUGCUGACAGAAAGUAAUUAGAUCUGCAUCAUUCUCAUAUUAUGACUUCUGUGAAAUCUGACACCUCCAAGCCUAAGCCUAAGCAUAACCAGUACAGACAGCUCUUAGCCAGAGGGGGUCAGAUGCUCACAGGGAAACUGACUUUAUACUACAGAACCACAGAUGUUGUUGUCACAAUAGAAAGUAAACUAAAGAUGUAAAUAAAAACAUUCUUUUGUUUUCCUUGUAAGAUUUAGUUGAUACAUCUUGUGUCUUGGCAAUUGGCAGGUUUAACAAAUAAAGCUAGCUAGAUCUGUAAGUAAGCAGAAAAUAAUAGGAAAGAAUGUGCAAGUGGAUGAUCUAUUAGCAAAUACACUUGCUACCUUCAAGGAGAGAAGAGAAAGAGAGCUGCGAGCAAUCAAAGCAGAGGCACAGAAUGAGGAUUUGGUUCUGCCCAGUGUGUUGCAAGGAGAAAAGUGCAAACAAAAAGCACAGUGACAUCAUGCACACAAGCAUUCACUGGUGUCUGGGAAGGGUGACCAUGGGGUGCCUGUGUGCCAAAGCUCAUUCUUUGCCAGCACAAGCAGGCUGUUUUCUCUAGAGGGCAGGGAUGCGAUGAGCCCAGCUCUGGGCUGCAGGAAGGAGAGAAGCUGCACUACCGCGCAGGUGGAUGCCACAUCUCUAGAAACAGGAAUAAGAGUCAGUGUAGGAUUUCAGUGUUCUGUCAGUUCACAAUGAUCCCAAAGAGAAUGGCCGCUGGGAAAGCUGACAAUGAGAUCAUGUGCUCCUACCAUGUGGCAAAAGGAAUGAUAGGCUCUAACAACACUGCAGCUGACAUGUCCUCAGGUGUAGGAAGAAUCUCCUCCUUGUGGUGUUGGGAGUUCUCUGAACCACUUCUUAAAAAGAAGGAGGCACUGCCUGUUCUGAGAUCCUGACUAAUACUUCUCAACAAACGUGGGAUUGUUGGGAAUAAGACCCACAUGCAGUAGGAAACAAGGUGGCCUCGCCACUGGCUCUCCACUCAAAUAUCUCACUAGUUCUCUGUUUUUGUUACUUUUUGUUUGUUU